UAACUUAUAACUAUUCGUAUUACAACAAAUGAUCAAAUAAUUGAAAUUUUUCAAAAUUUGCGUAAAAUUUUCUGUAAUUAUGUCAUAAUUUUAAAAAUGGGCCAAAAAUUCGAAAAUUAGCGACUCUACGUUCGGAAUGGUGAGAAAUGUAAAAAAGAAAAAUACGGCUGGUUGUGGGUAUCUUUCAGAGUACUAACGUUGAAAAACGUCGUUCAUAGGAAGAUGAAUGCAAAGAUAAACAAUGACGGAUAAAUUUUUGUAAAUUCAAAUCUUGAAAGGAACGAAAAACUAAUAUCUUCCAGCUAUAUGAUCGUUAGCUAUUUGUAAACCUUCCUUAUCGUGUCGGAGCGACUGAUAAAAGCUAGCUUAAAAAUCAAGCGAGAUCAAGGGUAGUCGUUUCAUUUUGUAUAGUACAAUAAUUUGAUCAAACUAAUACGAAAAAAGUGGUUAAUUUAGGUGCCCUUAAUCAGCCAGCUUAAAAAGUUCGCGCUCGUAUUGCGUUUCGAAUUCAUAAAACAUUAUCAAAUGAUGUCUCUUUUUAAAUUCGUUUCUCAAAUAGUUCGAGAACUACUCGACCAUUGAAUACAAAAUUAUGUUUAUGCAUUUUUUAAUGAGCAAUAAAAAUAACGGACCUACGCGGAAUCACUUAUUUAUACUACUGUUAAUGAGUAGCAAACAUUUACCGACAGUUUUCGUACAAGAAACAGUCCAACAAUCGGGCAAUUAUCGCAAGAUUGUCACUUCCUACGGCUGCCAGAUAUAAAAAAAAAUCGAUGAAACUAGAUACCUAAAAAGUAGUGACUGCAUCGAAUCGUAUGAAGGGAGUCCACCAAGGGUUGAUGCAUAUAAGGGGUGCCGGGCUCUUGGGUAAAUGGGUAACAGUUUUCGGAGGGUCGUUUUUAUAACAGGGGUUGAAAAGUAGGCAGGGUAAAAAGCAUUAGUUCAAGGAAAUGGGGGACAACGCGAUACUCACCUAAAUCAACUACGUGCGUUAUAAAAUAUAAAGUCUUCGGAUUUCUCCUAUUCCACAUAAUUGUCUUUUCUUCAAAACUCAAUUCAGCUUUGACAAGAUAUUGCUUAUUUUAGAAAAAAAUACCACAAACUAGAUAAACCCGGUCCUCUCAGAAACAAUUCCCCAUAAAUUGCUUAGUAAACGUCUCAUUCGUCAAUGCACCUGAGGUUCGUUCAAACACUGGUGAAUGCCAUUUUUUCAGUUCGAUAGUUAAGAAAGAAUUCAAAUUAAUUCAACAAAAAUGAUUCAAAAAACAUGUUAGCCGGUAAGCUCGGGUUCUAAUCCUCGUGAAAGGUUCUGAAAAGAUCCAGAAAUUUGACGCGUUGUAAGAAAUAAAAAUUUGUAACCCAAGAUGAAUUUACAAUGGCAAUGCCUUCAGCCCCGUGUAAUUUUUUGUAUGUUUGACUAUCGCGUGCGUCUCCCCUCUCCGAUUAUUCUCUAACGCGCCAGUUGCCAUCCACCAUGCAUUCCCCAUACAUUCCCCAUGCGUUCGACGGCAGUCUCGUCUCUGCAGGUCGCGAGCUAGUUGAACGUGAGUCGAGCUCUGCACGCUUCGAGAGGUUCAUCCGAGCCCCGCGAUUCAGUCUUAGGCGACAGUUUGUCGGCGCCGGUAAUUCACCCUGUGCUCGAUUAGCCGCGUUACACAUCGUUAAUUGUUCGACGUGCCGACAUUUAUUACAGUGCGUUCGCCUCCGUUCCAAGGGAGAAGUUUAAAUUUAAUCGGAGUAUACGGCGAAUAUUGAAGUUCCAAAUUCUGCUGCAAACAUAAUUGAUACAAGCUCUACUCUUGAAUGAAAGAAAAUUUGCUAUAAAUCGAAGAAAAAUGGCAGUCUGCGUCGCCAUAAUUUAAAAUGCUAUCAACCACUUGGAACAAUGUGCUACGUAAUAGUAACCGGUCGCAGUCUCUUUUGGACAUUAAUGUCCCUGAGUGCUGUGUUAGCUAUGUUCUCGGCAUUGAUGACUCCAAGAUGGCUGGUAGGGCCCCCGACUAGUGAAGAUAUCGAAAAUGGUACCGCACUUCAUGGCAAACCAAAUUGGGAAGAUUUUAAUUUUGAUGGUCUUGCGACACUUUCCUCGACAUCUCCUGACUGUUGGAAAGCCGCAUUCUUCUUCCUGGCACUUGGAUUGGCUGUAAUGACAGCCACGGUAGUAGCCGCAUUGAUAGGUUGCUGCGUCCAGAGUAUUGGCAAGAAGAGUAUUUUCGACUUAGCUGGCGUUGCACAAUCGAUUGCGGGUAUCAUGUAUCUCCUUGGGAUGAUUUUGUACGUUGCGGGUUGGGGCUCAAGCAAAAUUCAAGGGCUUUGCGGUGAUGAAGCAGUGCCUUUUUACCUGGGAAACUGCAGUCUUGGCUGGGCAUCCUACUUGGCUGUGCUAGGAGUACUCCUGACAUUUGCGUCUGCGGUUUUCAGCAGCCAGGCUGAAAAAUCAACGGCCAGUGAUAAAGUACAGGACCAGAUAAACGAAGGGAAGACUCUUAUUUGCCUAGCCUAGUUUGUAAGAUAAGAGCCCAAGCCUAGCCGGCGUGAUAGAUUUGAAACGUCAGUUUGAAAAUAUUAUCCGAAAUCAUCAUGUACGUUGAUUAUAGAUGUAACAUUUUACGUGUAAGCUAACGAAUACUUAUUUACCACAAACGGCUGAUAUUGCUACUCCUUUAAGGAAUUAUGGCUUCGUAAGGAUAAUGCAGUGAAAUGUUGUGAGUGAUGCUGAGAAAAAUUAUUAAACAUACACGUACAAUUCAAAAACUUUACGCAGUCAAUUUUUUUUGCGCUUUUCCGAAUUAGAUUGAUACAUAAUCAUGAAUAUGACACGUGAUUGAAUAUGGAGAAAAUGUUGAUACUGAAAAAGUUGCGCCUGAAACGAGGGUUUGACUUCUCAUGUGUGCAUAAAAUGAGAUAAUUAAGAAUAUAAGACGUAUUUUUUGUUUCCCAUUACACACUGUAAUUUCAAAGAUUAUAU